AACUGCAGGGUAUUUGCUGAAGAACGCGACACGAGUGUCCUGAUUAAAGAGCUGUUGUUUGACAUGGAGACGUGUUGAGAUCACAUGACCAGACUAAUACUGAUGCCGCCUUCAGCCGGAUCCUGGAUCUGAUGGCAAUAAAAGAAGAGAGUCAAGAACUGAAAGAAACAGAAGAGAAAGAUCAAAAUGAGAGACAUGAUUUCUUUGUUGUAGAAAAAUCCAUACCGACUGAAACCAAUUCAGUUCAGAAGACCAAACCUCCCAGUUACUUAACUUGCCAUGAAUGUGGAAAGUGUUUCACAUUAAAAGUAAACCUUAAUGAACACAUGAAAAUUCACACUAGAGAGAAGCCGUUCACAUGCCAGCACUGUGGAAAGAGUUUCACACUAAAAGGAAGCCUUAAUGAACAUGUAAUCAUUCACACUGGAGAGAAGCCGUUCAUAUGUGAUCACUGUGGAAAGUGUUUCACUAAAAAAGGAAAUCUUAAUAAACAUAUAACCAUUCACACUGGAGGGAAACCGUUCACAUGUGAUCAGUGUGGAAAGAGUUUCAGAUAUAAAGAAAUUCUUAGUUCCCACAUGAGAGUUCACACCGGAGAGAAGCCGUUCACUUGUGAUCAGUGUGGAAAGCGUUUCGCUAAAAAAGCAAACCUUAAACAACACAUGAGAGUUCACACCGGAGAGAAGCCGUUCGCAUGUCAACACUGCGGAGAGAGUUUCGAUACAAAAGGAACAUUUAAUCAACACAUAACCAUUCAUUCAGGGAAGCCAUGCACAUGUGAUCAGUGUGAAAGGAGUUACAAAUAUGCAGAAAGCCUCAAGUCCCGCAUGAGAGUUCACACUGGAGAGAAGAGUGAACAUUCAAGCGAGAAGGGUUUUGUGUGUCAUCAGUGUGGAGAGAGUUUCAGCUGUAAAGUAAGCCUCUACACUCAUGUGAGACUUCAUACUACAGAGAAGGCUUUCACCUGCAAACUGUGUGGGGAUAGCUUUUUACAAAAUGGAAAUCUUAAGUCACACAUGAGAAUUCACACUAGAGAGAAGCAUUAGUGUGUAAAGAGUUUCAGACGUAACCCUUGAUUCACACAUUGAAAGUACGUACAACUGUAAACUGUGUGGGAUCAUAGAAACCUGUGAUUAAUUCACUACUAUAAAGUGACAACUGGAGAUGUUUUUUUUUAAAUGGCUCCAGAAAAUAGGCGACUCUGUGAAAUGAAGGAAUCUAAAAAACUAGUAUGUCUUGCAAUGCAUUUGAUUCUAGCAUUACAUUUCCGCAACAAUUUCCAAGCAAUAUUUACUCCACUUAAAUUACUAUCCAAAACACAGCCAAUGUAAUUGACCGACGUUCUAAUUAACUAGUGUUCUAUUUGCUCUGACAUAACCAUCAACUUAGACCGCUAAAUCCUUUGCCUUACACAAUUUAUAAUUUGACCCAAAAAGAAUGGAUUCUGAUUUACAAGCUACGCAAUAUCACGUUCAUAAUCAAAGGCGAUUAAUCAGAACACGAUAUUGCGUAGCUUGUCAGUGAGCUACGGCUCUGUGUAUUAAAUACCGCUCCAU